AUGGGAGAAGAUGAGCUGUCUAAGACUCCUCAAAGCAAGGCGACUAGGACUACUAGCCGCAUUCUAGCCGCAUGGAGUAGCCAGAAGAGAAGACAGCAAUCAAGCAAGAAAGAAGACAGGACAGACUUGAUCAAUCAAACAUACUUUAUUCCUGUGGCCAGGUCGGGUUACGGGUUAGGCAAGGAAUCAGAGCGGCUGAACGAAAACCGGCAUAGAAUGGAAUUGAUUGGUUCGCCACUUCUGAAGAAGCGAAGGAGGAGGGCGCAAGGAUCAACCAGCUCUUCUUAUUACGAUUACGUGAGUUUUGACUAUCGGGAUUUGGCUCAUUCAAUGCCAUCAACCAAGGAAGUUUUUUCGACUUCAGGGAGCUCAGUUGAGUGGAAGCCGCCAAAGGAGAAGAAUGCCACUUUAUCGAAAGGGGAAGGACGGGCCACGGAUGUCGGCCAGAAGCAUGCUAUUGAGCAAGCCCAGCCGAACCUAAGUGUCAUAAAAGCGAGGCAGCUUUAUAUGGAACAAAAAAGUAUUCCCAACCGGGCAGUACCUCUUCCAGAGCCCGCUACUAUGGAAGUGGGAAUCCUCCUUCUCAAGGCCGAAAGAAGUAGAGGGGAGCUCCUUUGUAAUGUAAUGAAGGUUUGGUGUUCAGUCCGCCAUUCCAAGCGUUCUAGUUCUAUUUUUGUAGACCGGAUGGGACCUAACAAACUCUCUACGUUCGUACCUGCAGCUAACAAGUCAGAAGUGUCCCUUGAGUCCGAGUUAGCUGCUCUAGUUCUAGUUCAAGACAGGAAAGUAUGGGACCGCUUGCUUAUGGCUUUGGAAGCGAGCAACCGACCCGGCAGAAGUAGAUCGGAAAAGCUCCCUCUGGGCGGCAUCCAAGAAACCGAGGGAGAACCCGUUCUUGCUGUUCUUUCAUCAGCAAAUGUGGCCAACAGGUGGGCUGGUGGUCUUUUCUUAUUAUAUAUAGAAGAUCUCCGCUCAAGUCAAGGCGAUGAAGCAGGCUCAAGGCCAAGGGAAAUUUCUUUAGGAAAGAAAGUCAGUCAGCGGGUGGGUAAUAGCAAUCCGAGUUCCCCAAUCCAAACAACCAAAGACCUAAAGAAUCGUAUGCUGGCAAACGAAUUGGUAGUGCUUUCAAAGUGA